GCCUAAGCACUUCUAUCUAUCUCCUUCUUCUUUAUCAUCAUCCAAAUGUCAUCUAGCUCAAACAAGAAUUCUAAUAAGGAUCAUGAUGAUCAUCAUAAUGAUCAAGGCCAACACAAUACCAUCCAUACUCCGUCUUUCAUGCACACCUUUGAAAUAAGUAACAUUUCUUCUCCAUCUUCUCCAGUCGUAUCGGAUCCUAAACCAGAAUGGAAACCAAAUCAACAUCAAGCUCAAAUACUCGAAGAACUUUUCAUCGGCGGUACGGUUAACCCGUCUCUAACCAGUAUCAAACAAAUCACGAUCAAACUUCAAAGUUAUGGUGAAGAAGUCGACGACGCAGACGUCUACAAGUGGUUUCACAACCGAAAAUAUAGUCGCAAACCGAAAUCCUGAUCUAGAAAUGUUGAAGAUAU